UUUAGAUGACUUAGACAUCUAAAUUAGUUAGUAACUGGAUUUAUUGGGUUGUUGCCCUUGGUGUUAAGAUAUUGUGCUGUACAUUUGUUACUGUGAAGAAAGUGUACUGAUGUUUCCAGAAUGUAUUAUGCAAUGAUUUUUGGAUAUACUUCCGGCCCAGACAAAUUUUGUUCCGCGAACGGUGAUAAAAAACACUCAACUUGCGGAGAUAGGAUAUGUACUCACAUAUCUUACUACGGUUCGACAAGAUGUAAUACACAAGUAAAAUUGUUCAAGCCUUUCAAACACUACGGUGUCGAGUGCAAGAAGUCGAAGAAAGCGUGCGGUAACGACAAAAGGAACUAUGGCCGAGAAAAUGUUUUGCAUCCAAACCCGCGUAGAUCAUAUGAUUUGGAUGACGACUCUUGCGAAUGUCAGACUAUCUGGUGCUUUGGUGAAAUUAUGACAAUUUACGAAAAAGGUGGCAAAUUGUUCAAGGGAAACGUCACGGUGAAGACUCCGUGCAAAUGCGAAUGCAGAAAAAGAUCCAUUAUGAUAGGACAUUAUGAUACAGGAAAAUAAUAUCUUUUAUAUACAGAUAUUUGAUGUUUAUCACAAUCUGUAUUUCAUUGCAUUGGACAUUCC